AUGGAUCUCGCCUACGACGAGAUUACCAGGGAGUCGCUUCCCGAAGACGGUGAGGGCCGGGACCACUCCCGCGACCAGCCACCGGCAACAAUCAACGAGGAUCUCCAGGCUGCCGUCUCGGCGCUCAGCCCGUGGGCCACCCGGAUCGGCGGCUUCUUUGGCAACGUCGUCAAGCAGGGCGGCUCGGUUGUCCGUGAAGCCCAGCUCGAGGUUACGGCCCUCGGCCAAGACGCAUCCAAGGGCCUGACCGGCCUCCGCGACACCCUCGUCAGCCACACACGCAACCUAUCCCUUGUCACGGGCCCAGCAGGUGCCGGGGGCAACGGAGAAGGGUCCUCGCCGGCCGCUGCGGCAGGCGCCUCCGAAGGGACACCCACUGCGACGGACGGCGCGGCCGCUGGCGGACAGGAUGAAACGGUCCUGACCAAAAUCAAGGGCGAGGCCGCCAAGCGGCUGCGUGACCUGCAGCGGGCGGAAGACGCCGCCGACGAGGCGCUGAUCAAGUUUGGCACGGGCCUGCGCGACUUCUUGCGCGAGGCCAUCACAAUUGCGCCGCCAACAGCCGGCGCGUCUGCCGCGGGCGGCAGCGGUUCCAACACGGCAGGCAGCACGGUGCUCUUUGAGAGUAAGGACGCCCAAGGCAAGCGCGUGAUCCAUACGUCGCGGUUCGACGCGCAGCUGCACGUCAUCCACACGAGCCCGGACAGCUUCGCCAAGGAUCCGUCGGGCGGCGACGAGUUUGCGGCGUUUGCCAAGACAUUCAACAUCGACUCGAAGACGGCAGACAUUGCGAGCGACCUGAACAAGUACCCGGAGCUGCGCGCCACGAUGGAGAAGCUGGUGCCGGCCACGGUCCCCUAUGCCGACUUCUGGAAGCGCUACUACUUUUUGCGCCGCGGCAUUGAGACCGCCGAAGCGCGCCGCCGGGAUCUCCUCAAGGCUGCCUCCGCUGAGGAGGAAGUCGCAUGGGACGAAGACUCGGACGAAGAGGACUCGGAUGAAGACUCAGAUGAGGACUCGGACGAGGACGAGUCCGACACCGAAUCCGAGGAGACCAAGGCUACCGGAAAGGCUAUCGGCAAGGCCCCGGCAAGGGCCCCCGCAAAGGCCCCGGCAAAGGCCCCGGCAAGGGCCCCGGCAAAGGCCCCCGCCAAGCAGACCGGCUCCGCCGAAUCCUCCAAGACCCUUCAACCGCCCAAGAAGACGACGACGAAAGCGACCGCCACGAAGAAGGUUUCCUCGACACCGUCCGUGGACGGCCUUUUGAAGCCCAGCGCCUCGCCGCGUAAGUCGGACGAGAAGUCCGUGGCCGAUAGCGAGGCCAGCUACGACAUUGUCGGCGCCAAGUCGGGUGCCCCCAGCCAAGCGCCCAACAGCCCGCAGCGGGUCGAGGAGGACAGCGAAGAGGAGGACUGGGAGUAA